ACUACAUGACAUCAUCGUUUUCACAGAUUCGUGUUUUUGCCCUGCGGUCCUUUCGGAAGAGCUCAUCCCUACGCCCUAAUCCCUUCAACGGGUUUACCCUCCGGAGUGAGAGCUUCGACGGGAUGAAGGAGUAAUCUCUCUCAGACAGCGGAUAUUUCAGCACACCUGUUCAGGUCUCACUGAAAGAUGUUUGUUUUGGUUUCGUUUUGUUGAUUCGAGCUUGAAGUGUCGGUGCUGAACGAACAUCAGUGAGUUUGACGGUAAGUUCAGUUAUCAGCUUUAUUUAAUAUCGUGUCAUGUUGUUAUAUGAUGUUGUUGUUCUGUGUGUUUAUAUGAUCGUGACACACUCUUGUUCACUGACAACAACAAACACUAACGACCAUGAAUGGAUGACGCCGGAAAUGAAGUGUUUCCAUAUACAGGGAAGAUGUCAGACUUUGAGAAGAGGAAGAGAUCUUCAUCUCCAGAUCCCAGCUGUGUGUCUCUGAAGAGCAAUCAAUCUAUGGAUUAUCCUGUUAAAUUCAGUGAUGGACCAGUGACCUCUGACCCCAGUAUCUUCAGGAAGAGAUCUUCAUCUCCAGAUCCCAGCUGUGUGUCUCUGAAGAGCAAUCAAUCCAUGAUUCCUCCUGUUAACUUCAGUGAUGGACCAGUGACCUCUGACCCCAGAGAUGAUCAGACUGGAGACCAGGAUUCUCCUCAAGCAGUAGAUGAUGAACUACAGAGAGUCAAAGACCAGCUCAAAACCAGAAUGAAGAACAAGUAUGAGAGAUUAUUUGAGGGACUGAACCUCCAGGAGAAUGAAACCCUCCUGAACAGGAUCUACACACAGCUCUACAUCAUAGAGGGAGAGAGUGAAGGAGUGAAUGAACAACAUGAGGUUUUCCAGAUGGAGAAAACAGCCAGAACACAACACUUACAAGACACUCCAAUCUACUGCAAUGACAUCUUUAAAGCCUCACCUGAACCAGGAUGUGAGGAGAAACACCAGAUCAAGACUGUUCUUACUAAAGGCAUCGCUGGAAUCGGAAAAACCGUCUCUGUGCAGAAGUUCAUUCUGGACUGGGCCGAGGGAAAAGCCAAUAAGGAUGUAGAUUUCAUGUUUGUGCUUCCAUUUCGAGAGCUGAACUUGAUUCGAGAUCGUCAGUACAGUCUUCACAGACUUCUGCUGGACUUUCAUCCUGAACUUCAAGAUCUGGACUCAAAGAUUUAUGAGGAGUGUAAAGUUGUGUUCAUCUUUGAUGGUCUGGAUGAAAGUAGAAUCACACUGAUGUUUUCAAACGCUCAGGAAGAUUCUGAUAUGACUGAGACUUCAUCAGUGGGUGUGUUGAUGUCAAAGCUCAUGACAGGAGAGCUGCUUCCCUCUGCUCUCAUCUGGAUCACCUCCAGACCAGCAGCAGCCAAUCAGAUCCCCUCCAAAUACAUCAACCGUCUGACAGAGAUUCAGGGAUUCAAUGAGCCUCAGAAGGAGGAAUAUUUCAGGAACAGAAUCAGUGACGAGCAUCAAGCCAGCAGAAUCAUCUCACACAUCAGAAGAGCAAGAAGCCUCCACAUCAUGUGCCACAUACCCGUCUUCUGCUGGAUCUCAUCCACUGUGCUUCAGAAGCUCCUGAAAGAAGAUCUGAGUGCAGAAAUCCCUCAAACUCUGACUGAAAUGUACAUCCACUUCCUGCUGAUUCAGAUCAACAUGAGGAAUCAGAAGUAUGAAGAGAGACAUCCAGAGAAACUGCUGCAAUCCAACAGAGAAGUGAUUGUGAAACUUGCUGAAGUGGCUUUCAAUCAGCUGAUGAAGGGCAAUGUGAUGUUCUAUGAGGAGGACCUGAGAGAGAGCGGCAUAGACGUCAUUGACGCCUCAGUGUAUUCUGGGAUUUGCACUGAGAUCUUUAAGGAGGAAUCUGUGAUUCAUCAGAGGAAAGUCUACAGCUUCAUUCAUCUGAGCUUUCAGGAGUUUCUCGCUGCUUUCUAUCUGUUUUAUUCGCAUGUGAUCAAGAACAAUGGACCACUGGAUGAAUUCAGACUUUACAGAUCUAAUAAAGCCACUCUGGAUGAUGAAGACUUUCUGGAUGAUCCACUAACAUCAGCAGUAGAUAAAGACUCUCUGUAUGAUCUACUAAGAUCAGCAGUAGAUAAAGCACUCUGGAGUCAGAAUGGACAGCUGGAUCUGUUCCUGCGGUUCCUGCUGGGCGUCUCACUGGAGUCCAAUCAGAGACUCUUACAGAAUCUACUGACACACACAGAGAACAGCUUAGAGAGCAUCAGGAGAACCACACAGGACAUUAAAAAAAUGAUCAAAGGUGGACAUCAUCUCUCCACUGAAAGAUCCAUCAAUCUGUUCCUCUGUCUGCUGGAAGUCAAAGAUCAGUCUCUGUCCAGAGAGAUUCAGGAGUUUGUGAAAUCAGACAAACACUCAGAGAAGAAACUCUCUCCGUCUCACUGCUCAACAAUCGCCUACAUGAUUCAGAUGUCAGAGGAGCCGCUGGAUGAGCUGAACCUCAUGAAAUACAACACGUCAGAUGAGGGGAGAAGAAGACUGAUACCAGCUGUGAUCAACUGCAGAAAAGCUCUAUUUUCUGGCUGUAAUCUCUCAGAUCAGCAUUGUGAAAUUGUGUCUUCAGCUCUACAAUCCUCAAACUCUGUCCUGAGAGAGCUGGAUCUGAGUAACAAUGACCUGCAGGACUCUGGUGUCAACUUCAUUUCUGAUGGACUGAAGAGUCCAAACUGUCAGCUGCAGAUCCUGAGUCUUGCUGGCUGUAAUCUCACUGCUCAGUGUUGUGACAGUUUGUCAUCAGCUCUACAAUCCUCAAACUCUGUCCUGAGAGAGUUGGAUCUGAGUAACAAUGACCUACAGGACUCUGGUGUCAACUUCAUUUCUGAUGGACUGAAGAGUCCAAACUGUCAGCUGCAGAUCCUGAGACUUGUUUGCUGUAAUCUCACUGCUCAAUGUUGUGACAGUUUGUCAUCAGCUUUACAAUCCUCAAACUCUGUCCUGAGAGAGCUGGAUCUGAGUAACAAUGACCUACAGGACUCUGGUGUCAACUUCAUUUCUGAUGGACUGAAGAGUCCAAACUGUCAGCUGCAGAUCCUGAGGUUGUUUGGCUGUAUGGUGACAGAGGAAGGCUGUGGUUAUGUGUCUUCAGCUCUGAGUUCAAACCCCUCACACCUGAGAGAGCUGGAUCUGAGCUACAAUCACCCAGGACAAUCAGGAGUGCAGCUGCUCAACCACAAACUGGAGGAUCCAAACUAUAAACUGCAGAUACUCAAUGUGGAUCAUGGAGGAGAGGUCAUGAUGACAGCAGGACUACGAAAGUAUGCCGGUGAUCUCACACUGGAUCCAAACACAGCACAUCCUCAACUUGUUCUGUCUGAUGGGAACAGGAAGGUGAAGUGUGUGGAAGAGCAUCAGCCGUAUCCUGAUCAUGCAGAGAGAUUUGAUGAGUGUGAGCAAGUUCUGUGUAGAGAGAGACUGAAUGGACGCUGUUACUGGGAGGCUGAAUGGAGCGGAGAUGAUGUUGAUAUAUCAGUGACAUAUGAAGGAAUCAGCAGGAAAGGAGAGAGAGAUGACUGUGUGUUUGGGUGGAAUGACAAAUCCUGGAGUCUGUACUGCUCUGAUAGAGGAUUCACUGUCUGGCACAAUAAUAACAGGACUGAUAUACCUACUGUCAGUUCAUCCUCUCAUAGAGUAGGAGUGUAUGUGGAUGUGUCGGCCGGCACUCUGUCCUUCUACAGCGUCUCUGACACACACACACUCACACGCUUACACACACUCAACACCACAUUCACUGAACCCCUCUGUGCUGGAUUUAAGGUUGAUUCCUCAUUGUCUCUGUGUGAUAUUAAAGGAUAGAGAGACACUCUGUAAAUCCUCUUUCUGAUCUUCACACACACUCAUCAAAUCUCACUUCAUUACAUUUGUAUUCAUUCAUUUUUAAUUCAUGUUACCUUUCAAAAGGGAACUACCUGAUGCUGUCUCUCAGGUGUUAGGCCCUUAUCUUUGCGUAGAUAAGUUAUGCAGGUAUUUGCUAGGCCCCACUUCCUAGAACUUUCAUGCUAAAGGAAAUGAAUUUCCUCUGAGCCACUUGAUAUCUGUAUUUAUCAAGUUUGAGUUGACGAUGCUAGUUUUUUAGCUUUUCGUCCUCUAAGGCUUAGAACAGAUUGGAGAAUCUGUAUGAGAGUGUUUUUCCUUUUAAACAGCAGUUGGUAUCUAUUUAAGCUCCCUGGUGAUCUUGUUAGCAGCUAUAUUGCAUAUAACUCGGAUUGUAGGCUUUAUGACAUUUAGCCUCCUAGUUAGCAGUUGUUUUCUACAAUGCUGUUUAACUGAUCAUAGUUUGCUCACAUAUUUACACUGCCACAGGCCCUGCCAUGUGUCUGUUUGAGGUAGUAGGCCUUAUAGCCUCCCUUAGACCAUGUUGGCUUUGUUUGGUUCCCUUUAGUCACAUGUUUAGGGUACAUUGCCUGUUGGAAUGUGUAGCCUAGCACAGGUUGCAGUUAGCUUCCCAUAGUUAUGUUGGGUUAGAGCUGGUUCCCUGUAGCUUGGUCUCCUUUUAAAUUCACGAGCUGGAGCCACGUGUCAUUGAAUCGGCAGGCCCCUUCAGGCCUCCUUUUUAGUCCACACGUUGGCACGGUUGGUGUUUUUAAUUUGCAAACAGGCUGAACGCCACUUGUUGCUGGAAUGGUAGGCCCCUCAAGGCCUCCUUUCUUAGUCGACUUGUUGGUAGGAUGCCUGGGAAACCAUGCCACCAUCAGCCACGCCCCAUCGCCGAUGGAUAGGCCCUAAACAGGCCUGUUCUUGAUGUUUGGCAGCGUUUCAUGUAUUCCCUCUUUGGAAAUUUCUAAUACAUGGCCUCUUGAGUUCAGUAUUCAGUAUUUUGAGUGGCUGGCCCCUUAGGUUGGUUAUGCUAGUGAAACCUUACUGAGGUUUGGUUUUAUCUACAUCUGCCUCCCUGAGUCUGAUUCCUACUCUAGUUGAGCUAAGAGCCACCUAGUGCCUAGGGUGGAUAUAUUGUGCUCCUAGAAACGGCCACUAGUCUUACACCAUGUGUCUUAGAGGUUGUUAGGCCCUAUGGGCCGCCUUUUUUGAACACACUGGUGUAUGUUUGUGUAUAUUUCUCUUUGAGAAUUCUGUAUACAUUUCUGGUUGGCCAGAGGCCCAAAUGAUAAAUCCAACCUCCUUUGCUCAGUUUGUUUAUCGUUUUUGGUGCCUAAACACUGCCACGAGCUGAUGCCACGUGUCUGAGGUUAUAGGCCCUUGCAGGCCUUCCUUAAUACGUGUUGGCAUGCAUUGUACUCCUCUUGCUUUAAAGAGUAAAAAGGUGCUUUUACUGAGUACACUGCUCGUUGGAUUGUAUCAGGUAAGGUGAACUACCUCAAAAGGCCACGCCCCACCCCGACAGAUAGGCCCUAAUCAGGCCUGUUCACGUUGGGUGGCAGCAUUCUAUGUAUUUCUUCUGAGGAAGUCUUUAAUACAUGGCUUUUUUGUGGUCUGGUUAUGGCAGCCACUUGCUGAUGCCAUAUGCUUACUAGGUAGGCCUACUUUGGCCUCCGGUGCAACAUAUGGAGUUCAGUCAUGUACUCCUCUUGCUAUGAGAGUAACAAGGUGCUUUUACUGAGUAUUUUGAGUGGCUAGCCUCUCAGGUGGAGUGUGGUAGUGAAACCUUACUGAGGUUCGGUUUAACCUACAUUUGCCUCCCUGAACACUUGAUGGCUGCUCUGUUAAGUCUUCGUCGUCAGCUAGGAACCUGGGUGUGCUCUUUGAUACCAAUCUUUCAUUUGAAGGCCAUGUUACUAGCAUCUGUAAAACUGCAUUCUUCCAUCUGAA